UUUUAUUAUUUUAUAAGUUAUGGCAGAAGAAGAAAAAAAUUUAACUGGUUCUGAUGAUGGUGUUGAUGAGAGUGAUAUUCCCAAUAAUGAUUUUCGUGUUACAAGUAAUGAGUUGGUAGAACUUAUGAAAAAAAGUAAUGUGUUAGAAGCCAUUAAUGAACAAUUUAAAAAUGUAAAUGGCCUUGUAAAAGCUUUAAAAAGUUCUGCUGUUAAAGGGUUGCAAGGAUUACCAGGAGAAUUGGAAAAUCGCAGAAAAGUUUUUGGUAGAAACUACAUUGAACCAAAACCUCCAAAAACCUUUCUUAUGUUAGUUUGGGAAGCACUAAAAGACACUAUUUUAAGAAUUUUAAUUGUUUGUGCUAUUAUUUCUCUUAUAUUAGGGAUGGUUAUUGACAAUGUUAAAACUGGUUGGAUUGAAGGUUUUGCUAUUUUAGUUGCUGUUGCUGUUGUUGCCAUGGUCACUGCUCUAAAUGACUGGCAAAAAGAAAAGCAGUUUAGACAGUUGCAAAGCAAGAUAGAUGAUGAUCAAGUCAUAGAUGUGAUACGAAAUGGUGAAGUUGCAAAGUUGAAAGUUGUAGAGCUCUUAGUAGGUGAUAUAGCUUUGCUUAACUAUGGAGAUUUAGUUCCUGCAGAUGGUAUUUUACUUCAAGGUAAUGAUCUAAAAAUUGAUGAAAGCUCUUUAACAGGUGAAUCUGAUUUAGUGAAAAAAAAUUUAGAAAAUCCUGCAUUAUUAUCUGGUACACAUGUUAUGGAAGGUAGUGGAAAGUUCAUUGUCACAGCUGUAGGUGCAAACUCAAAAUCAGGGAUAAUUAUGGUUUUACUAGGAGCAGGUAAAAAUCCAGCUGAAUGUGGAGUAGUUCAAAAAGAAGAAAGCAAAGAAGAGCGAAAAGAAAGAGAAAAUGAAGAAAAGGGCAAAUCUAUUUUGCAGAAUAAGUUAACAAAAUUAGCUCUUAUGGUUGGUUGGAUUGGUGUUGGUGCUGCUGUAAUCACCACUUUUGUUAUUAUUUUGAGAUUUAGUAUUGAAACUUAUGCUAUUCAAAAAAUGGGAUGGAGCAAUAAACACCUAAUGGAUUUCUUGAAAGCAUUCAUUGUUGGGAUAACCAUAAUGGUUGUUGCAAUUCCUGAAGGCUUGCCACUUGCUGUUACUAUAUCUUUAGCUUAUUCUGUAAAAAAAAUGUUAAUAGAUAAUAAUUUAGUACGUCAUCUAGAUGCAUGCGAAACAAUGGGUAAUGCUACAGCAAUUUGCUCUGAUAAAACAGGUACCUUGACAACAAAUCGAAUGACUGUUGUAGAAAGUUACAUUCAGGGAUCUCACUACAAAACAGUUCCAGCUCAUGGGUCAUUAAAACAAGAAUUUCUUGACCUAUUUUGUCAGAGUGUAUCUAUAAAUAGUAGCUAUGGAUCAAGGAUUAAGCCACCAGAAAGUGGUCAAGGACUACCUAUUCAACUUGGCAACAAAACUGAAUGUGCACUACUUGGUUUUGUUUUGGAACUUGGUGAAACUUAUCAACCUUAUCGUGAUGAAAUUCCUGAAGAAAGUUUCGUCCAUGUUUAUACUUUUAAUUCAACUCGUAAAUCAAUGUCAACAGUAAUAGAAAAGCCAGGUGGUGGCUAUAGAUUGUUUUCGAAGGGAGCAUCAGAAAUUUUGUUAGGAAAAUGUACACAAUAUAUAAAUGAAAAUGGCAGUAUUCAUGAAUUUUCAAAGGCUGAUGAAGCAAAACUAGUUCAAAAAAUCAUUGAACCAAUGGCAUCAAAUGGUUUAAGAACAAUAUGUAUAGCUUAUCGGGAUUUUGACAAGGAAACUCCGAAUUGGGAAGAUGAGCACAGUGUAGUAUCAAACUUAAUUUGUAUGGCAAUUGUUGGUAUUGAAGAUCCAGUCAGACCAGAGGUACCAGCAGCUAUCAAGCAAUGUCAAAACGCUGGAAUUACUGUUCGAAUGGUAACAGGUGAUAAUGUUAACACAGCUCGUUCAAUUGCUCUGAAAUGUGGCAUACUUCAACCAAAUAGUGACUUUUUGGUUAUUGAAGGGAGAGAGUUUAAUGCAAGAAUAAGAGACAGUACUGGAAAGGUACAACAAGAAUUAAUAGACAAACUAUGGCCAAAGUUACGUGUAAUGGCACGAUCAUCUCCUGAAGAUAAAUAUACCCUUGUUAAAGGAAUAAUUGACAGCAAACUAAGCAAAGCUAGAGAAAUUGUUGCUGUCACUGGUGAUGGUACUAAUGAUGGACCAGCCCUUAAAAAAGCAGAUGUAGGAUUUGCAAUGGGGAUACAAGGUACAGAGGUUGCAAAAGAAGCCUCAGAUAUAGUUUUAACGGAUGAUAACUUUCGAAGUAUUGUUAAGGCAGUAAUGUGGGGAAGAAAUGUUUAUGAUAGCAUCUCCAAGUUUAUUCAGUUUCAGUUGACUGUAAAUUUUACUGCAAUAUCUGUUUCAGUUAUUGGAUCUAUUGUACUAUCAGUCAGUCCACUUAGUGCAAUACAACUUCUUUGGGUAAAUUUAAUCAUGGAUUCUUUUGCUUCUCUGGCUCUUGCAACAGAGCAUCCUACAGAUGCUCUUUUGGAAAGAAAACCAUAUGGACGGACAAAACCUCUUAUUUCUCGCUCAAUGCUUCGUUUUAUACUUGGUCAUGGUUUUUAUCAGUUAUUUGUUAUGUUGGUAAUCACUUUCCGUGGUCAUAUAUUAUUUGAUAUCCCAAAUGGUUUUUCAAAAAUGAAAUUGCAUGAACCUUCUCAACAUUUAACUAUCUUGUUCAAUACAUUUGUUAUGAUGCAAAUAUUCAACGAGAUUAAUGCUAGGGUUGUUCAUGGUGAGCGCAAUGUUUUCAAAAAAAUAUUUUCAAACAAGAUUUUUAGUAUAAUAGCUGUUGGAACUUUGCUUGUACAGAUUAUUCUUGUUCAAUUUUGUGGUCGUGCUUUUUCAGUAGCACCUUUAGAUGUUGACCAAUGGAUGUGGUGUGUUUUCUUAGGAUUUACAGAGCUUUUGUGGGGACAAGUUAUUGUUAGCAUUCCCAAAUUUACAAUACCUAAAAGGUUUCGCAUGGGUAGUGAAGGUUUAUCUAUUCAAGAAACAGAUGGCAGUACUUUAGGAAAAGUACUUUGGAUGAGAAGUUUGUCAAGGCUGCAAUACCAAAUUCGUGUGGUUAAUGCAUUCCGUGCAAAUUUGGACAGUCAAAAUCGUACUUUGAAUAUUGCUUCCCCUGCUGUCACUAAUUCUUUAUUAGCUGCAGUUGGUGUUGGUGAUGCUAACCAAAUGUCACAAAAUCAAAAUGGUGUUUAAAAAGAACGAUUUCGCUUUAGAUGUCAUUUUUAUAAAACUGAAGCUCUAAGUGUUAUUUAUAUUGUUGUGUUCUUCGGAUUGACUGGAUUUUUUUCAUUGUUGUAUUUAUAGUUAGUUUUAAUGAAAUGCGAUAUUAAAAUUAAAAAGUUCAGGGUUCUUUAUUUCUAGGAAUUAAAAAAUCUUGAUAAAGUAGCUGAACGUUUAUUUUGUUGAAUACUAGUGUACAUUAAUUUUUUUGAUUUGUUAUAUAAUUCCUUGCAAAGAAAUUCUUAUAAAGGUUUUUACAAUGCGGAUCUUCUUUUUUUUUACAAACUGUCAAAAAAUUUUGGAUUUGAUUAAAAAUUUAUUUCGCUAAACACACUAAACACGAUAAACACUUUAUAAAUAUAUUUUUUGUAUAAAAGUGAAUGUGAUUAUAUUUACAAUGCAGUUAAUUUUAUGUUUGUUUAGUUUUCUUUUUAGUUGUUCUAAAAAAUAGUAAUUUAUGUCAUUUUACUGUUAUUUAAAAUUUUAAAUACCUUUUUAUUAUUUGGUGAUCUAAAUAUCUCGUUUAUAAUCUCACAACGAUCUGUUGGUAGAUUUUUUUUUUUUUUUUUUUUUGCUAAGAUUUGGAUACAAUAUAAUGUGUUAUACAAUUAAUGUACCAAUUAAUUUGCUUCCAAUAUACAAAUAUAUCAUCAAUUUAUGUUUA